ACCCGCGAGAAGUGGCAAAAUGGCCGAUUAUUGAUAUCUGAUGCAGCGCGUGUUUAGAAGUCUUUCCUCUAUUUUUCUGUAUUACUUCGUCGGAAGCCUUCUUGCAAGACACGUGUUGUUUGAGUACGGCCUAGGGAUGUAGUUGCCUUGGACGUUUUUAAACUUGCACGCAACAUUUCUGCAAACAUGUCUUCGGGAGCAGACAAGGCAGUGAAGAGCAAGGGUAAAGCGCCAGCAAAGCCCCCAAAAACUAAAUCAACGAAAGGUCGGUACAACUCAACUUUUUAAUGUUUGAUUUGAUUUCUUUUGUUUUCAGAUGAUAAUAAACUAGGCCAUUUGCGGGUAAGAAUAUAGCUUGAUUUAUCUUAGAGACCUUUUUCCUCUUUGUUUUAUCAAAUAUUUUAUCAAAAGAUUGUCCUGCAUAUUUCCACUCGAUACCAUUGAUAUGCUUAUUUCAAGUACGAAACCGAUUUGUUUGUUCAUUGUCUCAGGUCAAAACUGUUGCCUUUUUGUUCUAUUAUCUAGUUAACAAUUGACGCUUUUUCUUUUUGCCUUCAUUAUGUUCAGCAAAGGAAGUUUCGACGAACGAUCAGCGAUUUCGUGGGGAUGGGGUAAAGUUUAAGUGCAAGGUAUGUUCCCUGUUAUAAGACUUGACCUGAGAUCUUCCUUAUUUUUAAGUAUGUAUUAUCUCCUUCCCUAUGCUAUUGAGUUCCCGUAGUUUGUUUUUGUUCUUUUGUGUUUUUUUAACAGACAUCAAAAGCAUGUUUUGAAAAAUAAUGAGAGCUAUAUAAACAUCACACCACCUUCAUGGUGUAAUGUAAGCUUACGUUUCCAAGGACGUUAUUAUUUUCAAAGACCUGUUCCGUAUGGUUUGCUCUCCAGAUUGUCGGAACCGCAGAUGUGGCUAGUGCGAGGGGGGACUCCAUGUGUGCGGAAGCAAUCAAGAGACUUAAGGUACGUCGCCGAAAAUUACUUUUCAAUAAAACGCCACUAAAACUUGUUUAUAAAACAAGAGACCGGGUGUUAAACAGAUGCUUUGUCAAUUCAUGGUGUGAUUUACGGUUAGGUUGGUAACAGCAAAUUACACGUUCCUUAUGAAAAAAAAUAUAGAUAUUUCAUCUUCUAUGACCCUGUCUCUUUGACAUAUUGGAUAAUAGGAUUUGGUUUAAGUACUAACUGUAAAAUGUUAGCUUUUUAGCCAGGGAAAGAGGCUUAUAUAUGGAGACGGGUGCUCAGUUUUACUCUACAGUCAAAGACUUAGAAAGUAAUUAUUUUAUUCUGAGCCGUCAGUAAACAUAAAUGAAUAAUAAUGUAAUCUACGUGAAUUUCCCAAUUCUUUAACAGAUACAUAUUUAAAUUCAUGCAAUUUAUUUUCUACAAUAACUUGCACUUAAGGUAGUAGUCUUAAUAUUAAUAUUAACUCUAACCCAAGUUGCUCUCUUUCUGUUGGUUUUAUAGGGGAUGGAGAUAGGCAUGGCUUGAGGCUCAAAAUAGGGGUUUUAAAGUGGGGAACUCAACGAGUAGUUUCACAUCCCACUGUGACCGAAUCAAAACACAAUCAUUCAUCUUAUUUCUGUACUUUUUUCAAAACAUCUUUUUUCCCAGGCACAAGCAUUAAAGUCACACAAGGAGAGUGGAGAACACAAGCAGAAGAUUAUAUUGUACAUCAAUGUGAAAGGAAUCAGAAUAAUGGAUGAGAGAACUCUGGUGAAUUAAAAUGCUUCAAUGUUUAAGUGUGCAAAUAUCCCAGGGGUACCCCCCUUCUCUCUCUUCAUGACCAGUGAUUUUGGUACCUCUGUGUCCUGUGUCCUUGACACAUUAAAAUCCCCCAAGAUGCAAAAUAAUUCAUGGCAUGUGUCCCAUAGGAUGCAAAGAACGGUCGAUCAAUUUGAAGAUUUAUCGGGAGAAUAUCCUGUUCAUGUGAUUUCUGGGGCUUUUGUUUAAAGAUGCAUAUUAAUUAUUUUAUUUAGUUCUUUUUUGUGCUUUAAAUAUAUAGAAGGACUAUAUUUUAAUUUUAGUAAACUGUAAUAAAGAGUUUUGGCAUCUAUGUCCAGAUUAACUGUCUGGUUACAUAAAUAAUUUAUUUAUUUAUUAGGCCCAAGCAUGACUCCUUGUAAUUUUGAACUGGGCACUCAUUGGUUCUGGACUGAGUGUCAUGAUUUUUCACAAGGCGAGUCCCAGGACUCACCGUAACUAUUUGUAACAAAAUCACUGCAUGACCCAGUCCUCAGCCCCCUGCAUGGGGAAUCUAUCAACUCAUUACUCAAGUCUUUGCUUUAACAGUGGACAGUGGUAUUGUUUCAAUUUACUUGUGUUCUUGGGUACCCAUUGAGUCCUCAUAUUUUUUUAGUAAAUAUACAUGCUGGAUUUCAUAGGUUAUAGCUUCUGAACAAUGCUGUCCAAUGGAUAAAUCUCUAUCCAGCAGAUAACACAAUAAUGGUUUUUGUAAUACUUAUGCCCUGAACAGUUAUUUAACCAGUAGAUAUUACUAUCCAAUUUUUGGACAACCAUGUGGUUGAGGUAAAGACUCAAAUAUCUUCGUAUUUAACGGAGAUGUUUAAAAAAGAGUUAGCUAUCAUUAAUGAAAAGUGUUUAUGAUGUCAUUUGUUUAUUGUUAUGUAUGAUCUCUUAUAGAAAGUGCAGUAUGAACAUCCCAUCAAUAAGAUAUCAUUCAUAACCCAUGACCCAGAGGACAAAAGAAUAUUUGGUUAUGUUUGCAGUCAACCUUGUACCACUGGACACAAGAUAUAUGCCAUUAAAUCUGAAAAACCUGUAAGUAAAUAGAUACCACUGUGAAUAGGCCCUUUGCAGCUAGCCAUUGGUGCUAAACUGCCAUGCUGGAGAGCAAAAGUCGAACUGGGACAGUUAAAGACAAAUAAGACAUACAUUAACUUUAAAUGGUAAUUUCUUUUGUUUGUCUUGUCCCAGUGCGACUUUUACUCUCCAGCAUGGCGUUUUUGUACCAUGUAAAUGGCUAGCUGCAACAGGCCUAUUUCUUUGUGGUUUUUUCUUUCACACCAUCAAAAACUAAAGUGAAAACCAAUCCAAUACAAUGAAUGACACGGAAGCCAAAAACAGGCCAUUUCCAUGUUCCAAAACCUUCACUUUCCAAAUGAGGCCAAGUAGAAUAACCUUCUUGUGAAAAUGAUUUUCUUAGUUGAAUGUCAUCAGGAAUUAUUUUUAUAUCAAAGCCUUUGUACUUUCCCUCAGAGAUGUGAACAACAUUUCUAAGUCUUCGGUGCGUACACUUUACCACUGUCAAUUUAUUGGGAUGUAAAAAUAUCUCUCAGAAAUUUGAGAUGUCGUAAUUUUGUCCCCCUAUGAGGGGUACUUUGGUAGCAGUAAAAAAAAAACAUUCUGCCAGGUGUUUUUUUUUUCUGAAGUGCAAUCUUUUUCCUUUCAGUUUCAGAAGUAGCAUAACCAACCAGGGCUGUCAUCAAGGGUUGGGGACCAGAGAUUUUCCCUAAUGGCUGUUAUGAACAUGACCCUGCCUACUUUAGAAGGAAAAUAGAAGAAAAAUACAACCAAACAAUAUCCCAAGCAGUUUUAUUCCCUGCCUACUUGUAUCAUUUACCUGGCAACUUGAAAUUUUAAUGACAGCCUUGUCAACUAAACUCCAUUUGUUAGAGUUUUCUUUGAUUCACGUGUAAUUCCAGAAAAUAUCCAAACCCACUCCCCACUGAGGGUAACUGAAAAAUUCCAAGGGGGUUGGGGUUGGGCAAGCCAAAAUUUUGUAAAGGAAAGUAUGAAUGCAAAAUUGAAUUUUUUAGGGGUAAGGUUGGGGUGGUUAGCGUGCUGGACGUGCAAUCAGAGGACCCCAAGUGUAAGCCCAGCCCUGACUUAGUAGUAGCUGGAUAUGUUUCUGGUAGUUCCAAGUUCGAACUAGACAUGCUUGUAAUAGCCAACUUCUUUGGCUCAGGGGUUUCAUUAAAAGCUGGGGCCUGGGUACCAGCAGCAGUGUACUCUAAGCACAGUACCUACCUUCAAGCCGAAUAAAAGAGUAAAUUCUUAAAAUUACUUCCAACUUUCCCCUCCUACUCAACCUUUUGCACCCUUGUAGUUUUUUUAAAAAAAUAAAAUCCUGGCCUCAGGCCAGUUAGAAAUCCUUACUUGUUCUGUUGAUCUCAGUCAAUGUUUGUUUGCCAUACUUUAAUUUUCUGUAUUAUUAGCAGUAAAUGAUUAACAUUGUAAAGUCAAUUUUUUUAACCUUCCGUGGGUGAGUAUGGAUAUUUCCUGGAGCAACAUAAUACUUAUUCUUUGUACAUAAUUUGAUGAAUUAUUGUAUAAUCUGACUGCAUAGGCUGGAGCUGUAACAGGAACCUUGUAUGAACUGUUCCAAAUUGUGUUCAAACUGAGACAAGAAGCUGGAUUAUCCAGGAAGGUUCAAAAUGCAGCCAAUAAUUCAUCCCAGAUGUCAAAUGGUAAGGAAUUAUCUGUGAUCUUGGGGUGCAGUACAUUGUCAUAAGAUCCAAGGGAAAAUCUUGAUGCAGACAAGAAUGCUCAGGGAUUACCUUUGCCAUAUUUUAUGAAUUUUCCAAAUAGAAUGGUAUACGACCAUGUAAUUUUCCAUAUUUCAUUUCUGGUAAUACUUGAGUUUGAAAUCAGGAGGUCCUUCAAAGGUGGGUAAUCCUAUAAAUAAAGCUUUAAUAUAGAACUAUUUACUCCUCUGCAGUCAAGUCUGUUAAAGGGUGAAGAAAUUUCAGACCUCUAGCAGGGCAUUAAUGAACUGUGUGGAAAAAUAAGCAUGUAUGAAAGGAACCAAGGGUCUUCAAAGAUGGUGGGUAUAGGGUAAAGGUUUCAAUGUCACAAGCACUGACUGCAAAACAUAAUUAAAUUGAUAAUCUAUGAAAUGAAUUAACUUCAAUCCAAACUCUGAUUAGGUUGAUUUUUUGUCUUUUCUAUUAAAUACAGGUCCACAGCCUCGCAACUCUCCCGGUUCUGAUGGAAUCUAUGAGGUAAGUUUCCAUGUCGUUGGAAUUUUUUUUAACCUCCUGAAAAAAUAUAAGAAAGAAUUUCGUUGUUGGCUUAAGUCAGGAGAAAAAGUUCAUUUGUUCAAAAACUUGACUUCUUGCUGUUACUGUAAAUUAAAUAAAAAUGAAGAAAUGAUCAUCACAGUGAACGCAAUUUAUGCAAUUGCAUAAGGAAGCCUGAAAAAAAUUCAGGACUUCAACUGGGUUUGAACCCGUGACCUCGCAAUUACCGGUGUGAUACUCAACCAACUGAGCUAUGAAGCCACUGACGUUGGGAGCAGGUCAGUUGUGGGUUCAUAUGUUCCCGUGAAAAAAAUGAGUGUUAAUGAUAUAUGAAAUAAAUCUUAAUAGUAGUGUAAAGGUCAUUCCAUUAGUACAAAAUAGUGAAAACCAUCCUUAUGUCUAAUUUGUCUUGAUUUUAGGUGCCAUACAAAAAUGGAAAAAACAAACAUGAGAAAACUAGCCCUCAACUUGAUCAUGAAUAUGCUGAGCCAGUACAACCCCCUUCAAGAAGAGAUCCUCAUUAUAAAGUAAGAAAAUUAUUUUAAUGCACUUAAGGAUGUGCUCUUUGAUCUGUUGUAAGUCAGAAUUAAACAAAAUUUCCCAAUUUCAUUUUGAAUAAUGCUGAAAAACAAACAUUACAGUAUGAAAGUACUGCUGUCAUGUUGUGCUGAUACCUCACCUCUGCAAUAAAUGCAGGUACAUGCAAGGGGCUCCUAGAUAAUAAAUUUAUACCUGCGUACCUAUUUUUAAGGGUUAAAAAUUUUUCCCAAGACCUUGAGGAUUUUUUAGAGGAGUCAGCUAUGUCCAAAGAUUUCUGAUGACUCUUUAAGUUCUCAGUUUCAGUUUAUUUUCCAUCUAAAAUCAGAGAUUUAGGGGAAAAUACAAUCACAUGAUCACAUGUUCUCUUUUUUUCUCACAAUGGUUUGAGUUAAUUUUACCGAGCUGUCACUAAGGACCAGAGCCUGGGGAUUUUCCCCAGCAAUUUGUACAGGAAACAAUGAAAAUUCCAAAAGAACGUCCUAGUGAUUUAAUUCCCCACUUACUGAUUGUGUAUACCCAGCAACUUGAAAUCUUAGUAACAGCCCUGACUUUACUUUUAAUUUUGUUUUGAAAAUGUGUCUGGUAAAGUUGUUAUAGCUUUCCACUAAGCGCAUGAACUGGGAUCACAUCAUAGUUUUUGAUGUUCUGGCAUCACUCCUUUAAGUGUAACUGCUCGGAAGUAUAUCCUUGAUUGCUUCUUCUGUUUAAUAUCAAGCAAAUGUUAUUUGAUUAGGUUCCAAACAGUCCGCCUUUACCAGCUACACCAUCUUCUCAGACCAAACAAAACAGCAGAGAAGAUGUAGAGGAGAAAGAGAUGACAGCAUCAACCCAUGUCUCUAAUCAAUCUACGCAUUUAAGCCAAUCAAAAAGCUUUGACAAGGUUUGCUUCUAUUCUUUGUACAUCUAUGUGAAUGUAUGCCCUUGGGACUUUACUUCCUGGUACUUUCCCAGGUGUUUGCUGAAGUCAGUUUAUUUCAUUCCCAUUACAAUAAAAGUCAGUGUGGAUCAGUAUAAGAGAGUUUUUAAUUUGAGUUGCCACACAAUAGAUUUGUGCCAAAUUGAAAUUUAAAACUUCUGUUACCUGUUAUCUCUCUAUAAUUUUAUUGACUCUGGGGUUGGUGGUUAUUGUUUACAGGAGCCAGAUCAAGUGUCACAAGCAUCCAUUCCAGACUCACCAUUCCCAAGUCAUGACAGUACUUCCAACACGGCAUUCUUUGGAUCUUCAGUUUUUGAGGCAACUCUAGGCGAAUCAGGAAUGGCAGACACUGUGUCAGUAGCAUCAUCAGCUGAUGUAUCAAUGAUUAGGACUGGGUCUGUCUCGUCUGGAUCGUCAGAGACUCAGAGUGUGCACUCCCGCAGUGAUUCCAUGGUAAACCAAGCAGCAAACAAUGAAGGGACUCAAGUUGGGUUUGCCACCUCUUUUGACAGCAACAGUGAUGCUGGGUCUGCCUCAGACAUUAAGACUACUGAUGAGGGUUCAGCCCAGACCCAACCUCAAGGGAAUUUCUCCAUUUCUUUUCCAUCAUUUGGGGACAAAGAAAAAUCAGAGAUAUCAACAGAUCAAGAGACAUCUUUUAGUCAUGCUGAUCCAUUUGCAUCAUCAGCUGCAGACAGUGAAAGAACUCAACCAGUCACUGGUGGAGGUUUCUUCACAGAGUCAUUUGCAUCAUUUGAUACAGCAUUUGGUAACUUUGAGACCAAGGAUGAUAAUGUGGAGAAACAAAAAAGCAGUGAAUCUUCAAGUGAUCCCUUUGCACCAUCAGGUGGCACCCAAGAAAAGGACAACGUUUAUGAAAAUGUGGAGAUUUUUGCUUCAGAAACCAAUUUUGAGACAGCAUUUUCUUCAGAGCCAUUUUCCGUGUCAAAGGAAAGCACUGAUGUUGUUUCAGAUGUCAGUGAAGUUGCCGCAGAUGAAAAACCCUUUGACAAAAAAAGUCAGUCGGUUGCAAACACUGCUGUGGGUUUCUCAUGGGAUAAUGCAUUCACAGAGGUGGAAAACAAAUCGAAACCAGAUGCAACACAGAGUUCUGCCUCAUCUGAGCAACAGUUUUCAUGGGCAGAAGAUUUUGCUCCAGAUGAUGGAGAUAUUAAAGUUAAAACAGAUCCAAAUACUGCAGCAUCAUUUUCUUGGGACGAUGCUUUUGGAGGGGCCGCUCCAGCAUAUAAAGAAUCUACAUGGGAUGAUGCUUUUGGUGGAAAAACAAAAGACAGCAGUAACUCUCUGUUUGACUCAUUGCCAUUUGGUGAUGCGUUUACAUCAUCAACAGAAGAUUCAUCUGGUAAUAAGCAGAGAGGUUCUGAAGAUAAUCUGCAAUCAGUGCCAGAGUCAACUAUUCCUGAUAAUUCUUCAUUUUUCGAUGAUUCAUCAUUUGCUCCUCCCUCAUCUUCUCAAAGUAAUGAAGGUAAUGCAGAUGAUUUAGCUGAUGAAAAAAUCAAGGAAGAUCGUGCAUUUUCAAACGACCCAUUCGAAGAGUUCAACAUUGGCAUGCAGCCUGUGGCAGAUCUCAAGAAGAUUGCACCAGAGGAGAAUACUAUUAAUUUUGAGUCAGAAAUAAACACUCCUGAUCAGGAUUCUGCUGCAAAGAAAGUUGUAUCAAACAUAGGAUCUUUUGAAAUAAAUCCAAAAGAAACAGUUGUUGCUGUGGGCACGAGUGAAACAAUAAUACAGUUAAAUAAUCAAGUUCCUGAGUCUGUUAUUGAAGGUAACUCAUCAGAAGAAGGUGAUGAUGAUCGAAUGAAUGAGGAAAAACCAUCCGACCUCCAGGUUCAAGAGGCAAAGCUAUCACUAUCUCAGAGGCCUAUUUCACCAAGCUCACCACCCCCUCUUCCACCACGCCCUGUUGUCUCAGCACCCCCACUCCCAGCCAGACCACCGAGCUCCAAUUCUACAGGAAUAUCUCCCAUGAUCCCUUGCGUGUCCACAGGGUCCCCAACACCAAACUCUCCACAACAAGUAAAGACAGGAAGUGCUAAGAAAAAGCCACCUCCGCCUCCACCAAGAGUGGAUUUAAAUGAACAAUCUUCAGCAGAUCCUUCCAAUCAGAAAGGAGCUUUUCCUGAUCCUUUUGGUUCAGAUUUGUUUGAUAAUAAAUUUGACAAGGGCAUGGAGACAGCUGGACAAGAGAGUUCUGACUGGAUGGCCUCAUGGCCAAGUGCACCAGAACUAACCCCGAAAGAGACAACUAAAGACCCAUUCAAUGACAGCUUUUUUACAGACUUUGAUUUCCCACAAAAUACAGCACAUAACACAUCAUCCAAAGAUAACUUGGAUCCCUUUGCAACAACAGAUCCAACUUCUGAGCCUUUUCCAUCAGACUUUGGAAAUGAGGACUUGUUUGCAGCAUUUACACCUGCAAAAGUGGAGGCUGCUUUUGACAAUGGGGAUCCAUUUCAAAAUGAUAUGUCCAAUUCCUUUGCAGCAUUUACAUCAGAUGAUCCCUUUAGUGAUAUCAGUGAUCCAUUUGCCGACAGAGGAAUUUUAAGUGAUGAUCCAUUUGCUGACAGUCCCAGUAAACUUCAAGCUGGUGAAUCUCUGACUCUAAAUGAGGUUUGUAUUGUACAACUACUGUUGAUUAACAUCCCUGCGAGUAACCUAUUUUCUCUUAAAAAAGUUACAACAAUUGUCCUUAUAAUUUCUCAUCCUCGGUGACCCGGUAGCAGUGAGUCAGGUCAAGAAUAGGGCCGGCGAAAGUUUUCAACGUGUGGGAGAACUCUUUUGUCCUUGUAUUUCCCUAAUCCUGUAUAGGGUCAAAAAACAGGGCCACAGGGAGGUGCAUUAAUUCACUCUUUUAUCCACAGGCUCAAACAUUUGAUCCACUCUGAAGAGCAUGAUUACAGCUGUAGCAGCACUAAUUUUGGAGGGCUGAGACUAUUUCAUUUUUGUCAGUUGGGAGGGGGUAGGAGGAGGUGGCUCCAAACAAUUUCUGUGGAGUGUGGGGCGGGGUGUAUAAAGGAAGCUGAGAGAAAGGAAAAGCUCCAAGCAUCAGAUUCUUGCAUAGAGUUGUCAUCUCAAAUAAUUAUCACAUUUUAUUAUUAUUGUUAUUAUUAUUAUUAUUUUUAUUAUUAUUAUUAUUAUUAUUAUUAUUAUUAUUAUUAUUAUUAUUAUUAUUAUUUUAAAAAACUAUCGUUUAAAAAAACUAACUAAUAAGAUGUUACCAUGCAAUAAGUACUGCAAGAGAGUUGUUAUGUAGGUGGUCACAUAACAACAUUAUAUAUAAUUUUCUUUAUUUCCCGUAAUGGUAUUAAUGGCUUGGGAGUGAUUGAGCUGAUUGGAAGACCAACACCCACAUUCCAUUAUUAUAUAUUCUUCACUAUUGCUCAGUUUAGUCUCAGCACUUGUGAUUGUUAUGGAGUGCUUCUGUAAUGAGAAAUCAACCUUUGAUCGCUACUGGUUUGUUCUGUUUUGCAGAGCUUAGUUGCAUCAGACGAUGCUGAUUCAUUUGCAUAAAAUAAGAGAAGUAUUUAAUAGGUAUGUAAAAGCUAUAAAACUUUAUUUAUUAUUGUUCUAAAAAUACAGCUCUAAGGUAUUCCUGCAUUUUCAAAUUUUCGCAUUCCUUUCUUAACAUCCUAAGUGAUACUAAAAACUGUAAUAAUUUACACCCCUUUGAAGACGACAAACAACCCCGCCCUUUUCAUAUUUUAGUCCCUUCCCUGAGGACAUUACAUCUAUGAACAUUAUUAUUUUAAUGGUUGUUUAAUGAUUGGUUUGACAAAAAUUUGAUACUUUCAGUCUUCACGUAGACAAUUAUAAUUAGAACAUUAUUUUUCUAAUCAAAACUGAAGCAAUGAACUUUAUUUUUAGGAUUAAGAGGCUGCAAGAUGGUUAACCUUCAGAUCUUCUGAUAAAAGUAAAAGAAAAACUGGCAUUUAUUAUUGUCAAGUCAUAACAUAACUUAUCCCUAAUCAGAUAGUAUAAUGCUCCAUGAUCUACAGACAGUGGCUGGAAGUUUGAAUGAAUAACCAACUGUCUUCAUCAUUCUUCUGGCUGGAACAAUGCAGGCACUCAAUAGUUACUCUAGAGUGAGGGGUAUUAUUAUUUUACACUUAUCAAAAUCAUCAUAGUCCCCUCCUGGUUAAAAAAACAUUCCUGAGUAAUGGUUUGACUGUGUUUGUUGCACACAACUUUGUUCUAAUGAGAAGUUGUGAUGUGUUCGGAAGAGGUUUAUAAUAAUAACUAAUAUGAACUGUUUCAACGUUUUUUUCUGGGAUUGACAGGCUCUUGCAGUUUUGUUCAAUGAAUAGGCACAAAAUCAGAACAGAGAGAAAACACCAACAUCUGAGUUAGCCUGCAUGGCAGAUGCAAGAAGGGGAGGGAGAGGGGGGGAGGCAGAAAAGCACAAAAGAGGGGAAAGGUCCCUUCCCCUCUCUCCCCUACCCCCUCCCUUUUUCCCUAUCCCCUACCCCUUUCGACGCCUGCUACACAGGCUACAUCUGAGUCACCUAUUGGACCUUUGUUGGAGAGCUGUUGCCCAAGGAGUACUGUUAUAUAUUAAGCAAGGGUUUAAUAUGUGGCCACUGUGAAAAUAGCCUUUUAAGGACAAGCUGAUUGGUCUGAGAUAUAGAAAAUAAUAUGAGUAGUUUGGUCUAGAAAAGUAAAUAAUUGUUAAUUGGAAAUAAUUUGACCAGUAGUAUGAAAAAUUGUAACUUUCAUAACGGUAUCAUUUCUACUGGAAAGCUGCAGCUGGCCAUUAAAGUAAAAGAGUUCCCAAAGUUCCUGGCACGCUUUUAAAGCUGUUUAGUCUUGGAUGUAGAAAUUGGAUGACUUAUGUAGAAAAAUGUUUAAUUUUUACAAAAAAUUGACAAGGAAAUGUAACUUUCAUAUUUGGUAUUAUUUUUAGUAGAAAUCAGGCCAUGAAAAUUAUGGAGUUCCUUGUUAAUAGUACUGUUAUUCUGGGAUCGGGUGGAGGUUUCUCAUGCCUAUUGUAGAGAAGGAUUACAAAGUAAGUAAAGCUGAACAUGGGUCCACUGGCAUAAACUUUAGGUUCAGGGUCAUGGUGAUGCACACCGACUCCAAAUUGUCACGCAGUUUGCCUCUCAUGAGAGAUGUGAUGACUAUUUGACUCAGUAUAAUCUCAACAUCUCUUGACAGUAUUUAGACAAUGUUAAGAGCGUUUGGCUACAAGGUUAAUAGCAAAUCUAUCUCGUGGCAGGGAUGUGGGCGUGGUUAUUUACACGCAAAAAAAUCGAAUAUUUGCAAAAUAAUAACAAUGAGGGAGUUUUUGUGAUGAGUCCCUCUAGAGUUAGCCUGAAAUUCAUCUGAUUGCUUCGAGUCGUUUUCUCCUCUGAGGGAGUAAUAACGACUUGGAAGUAAACGGAUGAAAUUCAGGCUAUUCUAGAGUAAAUUCUGACAAGCAACAUUACCUGGUACCUGCAGUCUCUUCAGCCAGAUAAAAAUCAACCAUCAAUGCAAAGAUAGAUUGAAACUGUGACAGCAACAAAGACAAGUGCAGUCACAAGCUAAAUGCAGGCUUCCUCUUCAAUACUUUAAAACUGGCCCCUUUUUUAAGACUGUUGACAAACCACAAGACUUAACAACAGUAACUUAGUUAUAUCUAGGAAUUUUGUGGGAGGAAGGUUGAUGUUGAACAAAACAAAUUUGUUCUUAAGAUUCAUUUGCAUAAAUUAAAAGAAGUAUUUAAUAGGUAUGUAAAAGUUAUAAAACUUUAUUUUUUUUUUUUCUAAAAAUACAGGUCUGAGGUAUUCCUGCAUUUUCAAAUUUUCGCAUUCCUUUCUUAACAUCCUAAGUGAUACAAAAAACUGUAAUAAUUUACACCCCUUUGAAGACGACAAACAACCCCGCCCUUUUCAUAUUAUUUUUAGUCCCUUCCCUGAGGACUUUACAUCUGUGAACAUUAUUAUUUUAAUGGUUGUUUAAUGAUUGGUUUGACAAAAAUUUGAUAGUUUCAGUCUUUACGUAGACAAUUAUAAUUAGAACAUUAAUUUUUCUAAUCAAAACUGAAGCAGUGAACUUUAUUUUUAGGAUUAAGAGGCUGCAAGAUGGUUAAACUUCAGAUCUUCUGAUAAAAGUAAAAGAAAAACUGGCAUUUAUUAUUGUCAAGUCAUAACAUAACUUAUCCCUAAUCAGAAUCUGAUGGUAUAAUACUCCAUGAUCUACUAGACAGUGACUGGAAGUUUGAAUUAAUAACCAGCUGUCUACAACAUUCUUCUGGCUGGAACAAUGCAGGCACUCAAUAUUUCCUCUAGAGUGAGGUGUAUUAUUAUUUUACACUUGUCAAAAUCAUCAUAGUACCCACCUGGCUAAAAAAACAUUCCUGAGUAAUGGUUUGACUGUGUUUGUUGCAUGCAACUUUGUUCUAAUGAGAAGUUGUGAUGUGUUCGGAAGAGAUUUAUAAUAAUAACUAAUAUGAACUGUUUCAACGUAAUUUUCUGGGAUUAGUCAUUUGACAGGCUCUUGCAGUUUUGUUGAAUGAACAGGCACAAAAUCAGAACAGAGAGAAAACACCAACAUCUGAGUUAGCCUGCAUGGCAGGGGCAAGAAGGGGAGGGAGAGGGGGAGGGAGAAAAGCACAAGAGGGGAAAGGUCCCUUCCCCUCUCUCUCCCCUACCCCCCUCCCUUUUUCCCUAUCCCCUACCCCUUUCGACGCCUGCUACACAGGCUACAUCUGAGUCACCUAUUGGACCUUUGUUGGAGAGUUGUUGCCCAAGGAGUACUGUUAUAUUUUAAGCAAGGGUUUAAUAUGUGUCCACUGUGAAAAAUAGGCUUUCAAGGACAAACUGUUUAGUCUGGGAUAUAGAAAAUAAUAUGAGUAGUUUGGUGUAGAAAAGUGAAUAAUUCUUAAUUGGAAAUAAUUUGACCAGUAGUAUGAAAAAUUGUAACUUUCAUAACAGUAUCAUUUCUAGUGGAAAGCUGCAGCUGGCCAUUAAAGUAAAAGAGUUCCCAAAGUUCCUGGCACGCUUUUAAAGCUGUUUAGUCUUGGAUGUAGAAAUUGGAUGACUUAUGUAGAAAAAUGUAUAAUUUUUACAAAAAAUUGACAAGGAAAUGUAACUUUCAUAUUUGGUAUUAUUUUUAGUAGAAAUCAGGCCAUGAAAAUUAUGGAGUUCCUUGUUAAUAGUACUGUUAUUCUGGGAUCGGGUGGAGGUUUUUCAUGCCUAUUGUAGAGAAGGAUUACAAAGUAAGUAAAGCUGAACAUGGGUCCACUGGCAUAAACUUUAGGUUCAGGGUCAUGGUGGCGCACACCGACUCCAAAUUGUCACGCAGUUUGCCCCUCAUAAGAGAUGUGAUGACUAUUUGACUCAGUAUAACCUCAACAUCUCUUGACAGUAUUUAGACAAUGUUAAGAGCGUUUGGCUACAAGG